GAGAGAGAGAGAGAGAGAGAGAGAGAGAGAGAGAGAGAGAGAGAGUGAUCGACAGGAAGAGAGAUAAAGCUUGGGAGAGCGAGACAAAAAGAGAGAUGAUUACUUAGCGGGCCAGUGCCCCUAUUUCAAAAUUUUAUACAAAAAAAAUUUGCUACAUUUUAUUGAACAACAUGGAUUUAACAGAUUUACCAGUUGAAACAUUUUGCUUUAAGACAGAAACUAGUGAAAGUCUGAAGGUGGAAGAUUGGAGUUCAAAUAACAUCAAAAUGAGAAGGUGGUCCUGGCGAAUAUGUUGGCGCGCUACAAAAACAAAGGCGCCGACAACAACUACGGAUGAGGUAUUAGCAACAACUAAAACAAUAGCAACGGCAUUAUCAACAACAGCAUACGACAAUAUUUGUGUCAUAUGCCGUCAAGUUUUAGCAGCAACCGAAUGUUGCUGCAUUCAGCAGACAGCAACAAGCAGCAGUUCCUAUGCAAGCAGCACCAGGCGCAACCUGUGCAAAAGUAAAAACAGAAACAGUAACAGUAACAGUAACAGUAACAGUAACAGUAACAGUAACAGUAACAAUAACAAUAGCAGUAGCAGUAUAUGUAAUAUCAGAAGCAGUAACAGCCAUGCAACAUCAACUACAUUCCCCAGUAAGCUGGAGGUUUCGCAGCAUAGCAGCUGUCUGCAAAUUCAACAAAAGCAACGUCAUCAGCAUCAUGAGCAACAUGUUCCUGGAGCAUGUUGCUGUACAAAGAGUAGUAGAUGUAGUCGGAAAAAUUGGAGUAGUGGUAGUAAUAGUACAAAUGACCAGAACCAAAAAAUAACAACAACCGCCAAUUGCCAGUGCAACACUAACAACGACAACAACAACAGCAAGAAGAAGAACACCAGCAACAACAAUAUUAACAGCCACGUUCACAAAAGGAAUCGAUAUUUGAAGAUUUACAGCGAUUGCUUAAGCCUUUUGGUCACACUGCAGUUGUUUCUGUUUAUACAAAAACAAACGCUGCUGCGACAAUUUUGUAUUAUCUUCAAAAGGCGACGAAGACAACAAUUGCAAUCAGAACAACAGCGGCACCAAGAAGAACAAAAGGCACUUAGAAGAGAGCAUCAGAAAUUCAGUUAUCAUCAGCAAAAAGAGCAUCUGCAACACUGGCGUCAUCAAAGCAUUGUGUUCACAAUACUCGCGCUGUUAACAUUACAUGCGACUACUGCAAUUGCGGUGCAGCCGCCGCCGUCGUCGCCGACUACGCAAAAUGAUCAACAUCAACUGCAGAGAGUUCCAUCAACAGCGAAGCGUAGCUUUGGGGACAGCUUGGCAGCUUUCACAAGGCGACCUCGUAAUGAAUAUGGCAGCAUCAAUACCAAUUACACCAACAGCAUCAGUAACAGUAAUGUGCGAUUGGCGCGAAAGGAAAUGCCCUGUAAGUCGAUGGAUAUACGAAACAAUAUAUCAGAACUGAAACAGCUGGCUAACUGUACUAUCAUUGAGGGGUUUUUGCUUAUAACACUGAUCAACGAUGCGGAUAAAUUGAACACAACAUAUCCACUGCUCACCGAGGUCACAGGCUAUAUAAUAGUUUUUCGUGUGCAAAAUCUGAUAUCGUUAUCGCAAAUCUUUCCCAACUUGAGUGUUAUAAGGGGGAAUUUACUCUUUGAAAGCUUUGCUCUGGUGGUGUAUCAGAAUCGGGAUUUGCUGGAUAUCGGAUUGACUAAUUUGCGUGCAAUCACAAAUGGAGGCGUGCGUAUCGAAAGGAAUUUAUAUUUGUGUUUCGUAAAGACCGUUAAUUGGCACAGGAUCGUUUCUAAGAAUGCGACAGAUGCGGAUAUUGUGCUAAAAUUCAAUCGCAAUGAGGCCGAAUGUGCACGCUGCCCUGGCGAGAUCAACGACGAUGCACAAGAGAACGCAAUGACGGAUGCCAGUAAUGUGCCCGCUUGCAAGGAAUAUCCCGGUCACAAGCGAUAUUGCUGGAACAGUCGAGCCUGCCAGACAAUUUGUCCAAAGGAAUGUCCCUACAACUGCAUCAAUGAGAACACCUGUUGCAACGAGUCCUGUCUAGGCGGCUGUUCAAACCCGCUGCUGGGCGAUUGUGUCGCCUGUCGCAAUGUUUCUAUUAACGGCGGCAAUUGCAUUAAUCAAUGCCCCGAUGGCUUUUUUCAGUACGAACAACGAUGCAUUACGGCUGAGAUGUGUGAGAAGAUUGGCACCAAAUACGAGAGCAGUAACCAGAUGAAACUGGUGCAUUUCAACGGCAAAUGUACAACGCGUUGCGACAAGGGCUACACGAUCAUGAACAAUACCUGCCAAAAGUGCAAUGGCACCUGUCAGAAGGAGUGCCCAGGCGGUACCAUUGACAGUUUAGAGAAAGCCAAGGAGUACCAUGGCUGCACUGUAAUCACCAAGGAUGGUCUAACCAUCAGCAUCAAGCGUGGCGGACCUCACAUGGUUGAUGCCCUGGUUUUCGGUCUUGGUAUGGUGCAUACUAUCAAUUUAUUCCUGAAGGUCCAUUUGACCUAUGGCUUAACAACGUUGGACUUCUUUAAGAGUCUGCGACAAAUUAAGGGCGAGAAAUUGAUGGAUGAUAUUUAUGCUAUGUAUGUGCUGGAGAAUCGAGACUUAGAGACAAUUUGGGCCGAGAAUCAAACAGUCAUCAUUAGUAACGGCAGCAUUUUCUUUCACUUCAAUCCCAAACUUUGUAUUGAGACUAUCGACAAGCUGCGACCCAUGCUACCGGGCAAGCCCGAGAAAUUCAACAAAAACGAGGUGGCCGAGGAUUCAAAUGGAAACAAGGGCACAUGCAAUACGAGGCAGUUGAAUGUAAAAAUCAUACAACUGGGUUCAACAUUCGUUACAAUCGAAAUCGACGCCGUCAAUUAUGAUGAUGAGCGUUCCUUCAUUGGUUAUCAAAGCUAUUUCACAUUCGAUCCAUAUGGCAAUGUCACUAGGGACAACUAUCAACCUUGUUUAGAUAACUGGAUUGUGGGUGAAUUAAGCAAGGACAAGGUGCGCUACAUUGAUAAGAUUGAUCCCUAUACAAAAUAUGCACUUUAUGUACGCACCAUGACGAUUUCCUCGGAAAAACGAAACUAUCAGAGUGACAUAAUACACUUCCGGACCUUGCCCUAUAAGCCAUCGGAAGUGCGCCGGAUAAGUGCACGCUCCACAGACAGCACGAAAAUUCUGUUGAGUUGGAAACCUCCAUUGGAAGUGAACGGCCAGCUAGCGAAGUACCAGGUACGCGCAGAAAUCAGGCGUCGCGAUGCUAAGCUGGAGCAACAUCGCAAUUUCUGUCGCGAUCCUUUACCGAAUACAUCCGACGAUGAGGAGACGUUUUUAUCACCUGCAGAGAAGACGUUUAAGGAGACGCCAGGUCCUGACUGUAAAUGCGAUGCUGGGGGUCGGAACGUAUUCGAUCAACAAGUAGUUGAAGCUAAAAUCUUUGAUGACAUAGAUUUCGAAAAUACGCUCCAGAACUUUCUGUACGUGCCAAAAAAGCGAAAUAAUAGUGAGGUUUCCAAUAUUACCACCUUGCCCAGCGAUAAUAACAGUCCGAAUAGUGUGCAACCCAGGAGCAGGCGAUAUAUUGAAGUUGACGAAGAGGGGCACGAAAUGAGUAGCGUGCUAAUGCGGCAUAUUCGAUCGACAGAAAAUAAUUUAACCAGAUCAGUGACUGUAGGAGUGAACUCCUAUACAACACUCACAGAUUCAAUGUGGGGAAACGUGACCGUGAUGGAUACGAACGACACGUACUACAAAAUCUUUGUUGCUGAAGUGGAUGCAAAUACAACAGAAUUUGAAUUCGAAAAAUUGCGACACUUCUCUCUAUAUUCGCUGAAUGUACGCGCCUGUCGCAUAAAGCAGGGCGAUGAUGACAUUGCAGACUUGUGUAGCGAUUCCUAUCCACUGGAGAAAAGAACUCAAAAACUAGCUAAUGUGGACAAAGCAUUUAAUUUAACGGGCGAACUUGUGGAUAAUCUGAACACCACUCGAGGCAAUGUUCGCCUCCGCUGGGAGGAACCACAGCAUCCGAACGGUGCUAUAGUUUCCUACAUAGUUAUCUUUGAGCGUCAGGAGCAAGAUGCCGUCGAGGAAAAACGCUGUAUCACAGUACAAGACUAUCUCAAUCAGAGCGGCUAUAUUGUCACCAAUCUGAACGAGGGCAAAUACAGCUUUCGCAUUAGGGCCAAUUCAUUGGCCGGCGAUGGAGAUCUUACGGAUCUUGUUUACGUGACAGUGCCGCCGCCGAAAUCAUGGACAACUUUUUUGGUUAUAGGCAUAAUUUUUGGGUUCUCGAUACUCAUAUCUGGAUUAGUUAUCUACUUUAAGUUCUUCAGUGCGAAGAGGGGACAUCCACAGGAUUUGGUCAUGAAUACAGAAGUGAAUCCCUUCUAUGCAAGUCUACAAUACGUUCCCGACGAUUGGGAAGUUCCGCGAGAACGCAUCCUUCUACUAAGGUCCUUGGGUCAGGGCUCAUUUGGAAUGGUCUAUGAGGGCAUACUCAAGGCACAAAAUUCUGGCGAAGAUACACCGUGUGCAGUCAAGACAGUCAAUGAAAAUGCCACGGAUCGGGAGCGCACCAAUUUCCUGAGCGAGGCAAGUGUAAUGAAGGAGUUCGACACCUAUCAUGUAGUUCGCCUGCUAGGUGUAUGCUCCCGUGGCCAGCCAGCGCUCGUCGUCAUGGAGCUCAUGAAGAAGGGUGAUCUCAAAUCCUAUUUACGAGCUCAUCGACCCGACGAACGAGAAGAUGUAGUGGCAGUCUAUCAGAAACGCAUUGGACUCACGAAUGCGGGUACCACAGUAGGUUCUGUGCAGCCGCCACCUUAUAGUCGUAUCUUCCAGAUGGCCAUCGAAAUAGCCGAUGGCAUGGCCUAUUUGGCCGCCAAGAAAUUCGUGCACCGCGAUUUAGCCGCACGCAACUGCAUGGUGGCAGAUGAUCUAACAGUGAAGAUUGGCGAUUUUGGCAUGACGCGGGAUAUCUAUGAGACAGAUUACUACCGCAAAGGAACCAAGGGACUUCUGCCAGUACGUUGGAUGCCGCCGGAGAGUUUGCGCGAUGGCGUCUAUUCCAGCUCCAGUGAUGUAUUUAGCUACGGCGUUGUGCUUUGGGAAAUGGCGACACUUGCCUCUCAACCCUAUCAGGGCCUGUCCAAUGAGCAGGUGCUGCGCUAUGUCAUUGAUGGUGGGAUCAUGGAACGGCCUGACAAUUGUCCAGAGGUGCUGCAUAAGCUCAUGCAUCGCUGCUGGCAUCAUAGACCAUCGGCCCGGCCCUCGUUCCUGGACAUUAUCGAUUACCUGGAGCACUUGUCCAGUCCUGGCUUUAAAGAGGUGGCCUUCUAUUAUUCAGAUUCAGGUGUGCAAUACCGGGAGAAAGAGCGCAAGGAGCGUAAUCAAAUGGAUGCUUUUACGGGCGUUCAUUUGGAUGCCGAGGUGGAUGGCGAGGAUGCAACAACGCCGUUACGUGUGGGUGAAUAUCAGGGUUACAAGUCGAACAUGGAGCACAACACUUCAUUGGAACAGCCCGCGGAGAGUCCCAUUGCCCUAGUCGAUGAUCAGGCUACGACGAAUUCGCCUUUUAGCAUGCACUCCGACUAUAUAGUGAGCAGCACGCCGGAUGCGCUGUGCACAUUGCCCACAGCCGGUGUCUCGCACAUGGAGGAUGCUGCAUAUGUGCAACCUGAUAUAGAUGGGAAUGCGGAAAAAAAUAUAUAUGGGGAACGAGGCUACGAGCUGUACGAUCCUAGUCCCAACUUUGUUGAUUUACCACAAAGCGGCAGCGGCCGUUUGAGCGGUGAGCAACAUCUACUGCCGAAAAUGAAAAGAGGUAACAUUAUGCCUGAUAUGAGCAGCUCUAUGCCAGACGAGGAUAUUGGUGGGGGUGUUGUGGGUGGCGGUGCUGUCUCCAGUUCGCUACAACCCUCGACUGCAUCGGCGGCUAGCUCCAAUGCAAGCAACAAUCGUCAUCCGAGUCUGAUGCGUGUGCUGGCGGACACCUUGCGUCGCAUCAAUGUAAAACGCGGUGACAGUAACGAUAGCCACCGGAGCAACAUCUCAAAUACGGCUAGCAACAGUAGCAACUCAAAUCUAACGAGCCAUCCCACGGGUAUGGCAAUGAUGUCCAUGGCCAGCAAUCUGGGCACCAUUGAGAGUGGUGGCAGCGGCAGUGCAGGUAGCUAUGCUGGUACACCGCGAUUCUACACACCCACUGCAACCACACCCAGUGCUGGAGGCAAUGGCAGUACUACUAUUAUCAGCGACAAUCCCAAUUACAAGCUGCUGGACGAGUCAUUAAACAGUGGAGAAAAACCCCACUCGGCUUGGCCGCCAACUAAGCUAACCACCAGCAGUCUGAACCCCAACUAUGAGCUCAUGCAGACGCCCGCAGCAGAAACAGCAGCAGCGCCAUUCAGCAUGCUUAGUGAUAACCCCAACUAUGUGUUGAUGAGCGAACCCAAGACGGGAUCUGGACAAAAUCAAGUCUGUACCAGCGAGAACCCCAAUUAUGCGGCUAUGAUGGGUCCAGCGCAUAUGAUACCUGGUAGCUCAAAUGAAGACGAAAAUGACAAUGCCGAGGACGAGGAAGACGAUGACGAUGAGCACACGGAGCACAUCAAAAUGGAGCGAAUGCCGCUCAGUCGACCAAAGCAGCGCACGCGCAUUAAGUCGCAACAGCAGCAUUCACGCAGUCGCAGCGCUAGUCAGAAGCGUAAGACAGCGACGCCAUCAUCUGAAACAGCAGUAGCAUCAGCUGCUGCUGCUGCUGCUGCAGCCGCGUCGGCCGCCAAUACGUCCAAUAUACUUAAGGAAAAUUGGCUGCUGCAGCCCAAUACGACACGACCACAGCCACCCAAUGGUUUGAUAGGCCGCGAAGCGUAAAAGAGCGUAUGCGUCGAGAGAAUUUUGUAAAUACAUACGUGCAUAUGUAUAUAUAGCAAUUAGCAUAAAAAUAUGUUUAAGUAUUUAACGGAGGGAUGGGUGAUCGGGGGUACUCGGAGAGAGGGAGAGCCCGUGUGUGCCUACUGCUAAAUAAUUGCAAACAACUCGAAUUGUGUAAGAGAGAAAAAGCGCAUUGCAUAUGUGGUGAGAGCUUAACACACUGCGCUGCUAGUGUUAUUGUUUUGAUGUUAUCCUAACAUAUGUAAAUCAUGCUUAACAUUAAGGCCGUCAGCAAACUUUUGCCCAAAGCCAAGUCUCCUAACAAUUUAUAGUAAGCUUAAUUUAUGUAUAUAUUCGUAUUUGUUAAGUAUUUCUUUUUAAUUUACUAGCGCCGUUUAAACA